AUGCUUCCUCCUGAAACCUCCUUUCUACUUCUCUCUUUACUCCCAUCCACGUUUUCAGAACUCAGAGUUAUCUCCUCGUCAGUUGCAAUCCUUCAUCUUCCCUCCGCUACUCUCUCCAAUCUUCUAUCAGCUUUAUUUAGUUUUCUCUCUCCCUGGCGUAGCAUUUUUUUUUCAAGUACGCAUGUCGUUACUUUGCCAGCGUUAGACAAGCGGACACCUAGCCAUUCUCUCUUAACUUCCUUCCGUAAAAGCCAUCAGAUGUCUACAAGGCUCUGCUCCAGGGACCUUAUCUACUACCUUUUUAUCUGUCUUUCUCCGCUUGCGUAUCGGUCCUUAUUUGUUGUGUCUAAUGAGCAUCUCCCACCCAGACUGUUGCGCUCAAUUGCUCAAUCUUUCUCUUCUCCCCACCCCCAUCUCGCUAUCUAUCUAUCUAUCUAUCUAUCUAUCUAUCUAUCUAUCUAUCUAUCUAUCUAUCUAUCUACACUCUUCUUUUCUACUUUAUUCCAUUUUUUCGUUUUAUUUUUCCGUGUUAAGAAUAGAAUUGAUUUUCCUUGCCCUCCUCCUCCCUUCCUGGCAAUUAAUCAUUUGGCGACUGAUCACGUGGUCUGUACCAGUCAUGGCCGCCCAAACGGAGCAAACAAAUGA